AUGGACCCGUGUGUUUUUACUGUUGGAUACGAUGGGUUUGGUCUUCUCUGCACCAGUAGUGAACAUCAAGUAGACAAAUAUGUACCAUACGAAGAUGUUGGAGAGCUACUCACGAAUUUUUUCUGUAUUUAUCCCAAGCCACCGUUAAGUCAAUUUAUCGAAGAGGUCCAAGAUUCGCACUGCCCGCCAAAUUUCGACUUUGAAAAGCUUCCACUGGAAAUAAAAUUCAAAGUGUUGUAAGGUUUUUUUCAUUAUUAUUUUGUUAUUUAUGCUUUGAAGUCACGCCAGCAUGUUUUUAGCGAGCACUUGGACGAGCUCACAGCAGAGACUCUGGUGCGAUUAACCGGCCUAAAAAUUGAUCCCAAAAAGGCUGCAUUGCAGUAAGUUCUUUCAAAAAUUAUUGUUGUACCGUGUAACCCGUACAAGAACACUUUUCGAAUGCUAUAAUAUUAUAAAACUGUUUUAUAACGCUUUAUAACGGGCUUCAUCGAGAUCGGUCCAGCAAUGCUAAAAUUGCAGUAUUUUCAGCGUUUACAGACAUGCUGUCAACCACGACGUCUUCGAAAAAAUGUUGAAUGCAUAUCCGUAUAUGAAGAAAUUGACUGUAUUGGUAAGUUUGAAUACCUAUUUACUCGCUUUCCAUUAAAAGUAAAUAUAAUAUUUCUGAGUUUUAGAUCAAGGAUAUCCCGCAAUAUCGAAAACAAGAAGAAGUGAUUAGAACAAGGGAAGUCACAGGAAUGAAAUUCGACCAUCUGAGGCGGUGGACAAGUCUCGAGGGAGAGGAAUUCUUUGCCGUCACUUAUACAGUAACCAGACAUUAA